CCCAUUGAGGGACACACCUACGAUACCUGAGUCACACAGGUAGCUGAGCAAAUAGUUCCGUUUCACAGCACCAUUCGGUCAUAUUGACACACGGUCUGUUCAGAUACGUGCAAGGUGGAUAAUUAUCUUACUAGAAUCCAGUGAUCAUCUUGGAUAUUCUUUAACAAGUGGAUUCAGCAUAACCAAUGAAAAAUAUACCUGAUCCAGAUUUGUUCUCCUGUCGAUCUACCUGUUAAAAACACGAGAUAAUCAACCCUUGUUUACUGCCACCUGCGCCUGGGAUAGGAUUUACUGGACGACUGAAACAAGGUACCUCACGGAUAACGCACACCUAACGCUGACGAAUUUUGCUCAACCUCGCCAGACCUCAGGAAUGGAGGAGACAAUAUGGGAGCAGUACAGUGUGACACUGCAGCGGGAUUCCAAAAUGGGCUUUGGAAUUGCAGUUUCUGGAGGAAGAGACAACCCCAAUAUGGAAAAUGGCGAAACUUCCAUUAUAGUUUCGGAUGUUCUCCAGGGAGGUCCAGCAGAUGGAUUACUUUACGAAAAUGAUAGGGUUGUGUUGGUCAACGCAAUUCCUAUGGAAAAUGUGCCUCAUUCAUUUGCUGUCCAGCAGUUAAGAAAAUGUGGGAAAGUAGCUAAGAUUACGGUGAAGAGGCCCAGGAAGGUUCCUGUGCAGCCCCUGAAGCACGGCCCCUCUCCGGGUUUGGAGGACCGGAUGUUUGACCCUGAUGAGGAGGAGUAUGACCGCAGGAGUGUACACAGUGGACGGAGCGGGCGCACUGACCCUGGCUGGCAGGGAGGCAGAGAACACAGCCUGGAGCGUGAACUUGGUGGAUACAGAGAGCCGGAGUACCGUGGGCGUGACUACGACCUGGAGCGUGAUCGUGGUGGAUACAGGGACCCAGAGCCUCGGGGGCGCGAUUAUGACAGGGGCCGUGACAUUGACAGAGACCGUGGCAAUGCCAGGGCGCACAGCCGGGGCAGGAGCAUCGACAGGCUGAGCCCCGAGCGGGAGCACAAGAGAGAGCACAGCAGAGGCAGAAGCAUUGACCGCGACCUGAGCCCGGCACGCAGCUACAGCAGGGACCCCAGCUAUGAGAAGGAGUACAAUCGCAAGCCUCAGCCCAUCAACAGACAGGAGAAAGAGCUGAUAAGAAGCAAGAGCCGGGACAGGCUGCAGGACCGGAGUCCCUCCCCACCCGUCUCUCGAGACAACCGAUAUGGCGACCAACUUGAAAAACCUGUCAGCGUGCUUUUGGUGAAGAACAAGCCAAACGAAGAAUAUGGUCUCAGACUGGGCAGUCAGAUAUUCAUCAAAGAGAUGACCAGUACAGGUCUAGCAGCAAAAGACGGACAUCUUCAAGAAGGAGAUAUCAUUCUCAAGAUUAACGGGACAGUAACAGAGAACUUGUCCCUGACAGAUGCAAGUAAACUGAUUGAGAAAUCCAGAGGGAAACUGCAGCUGGUGGUGCAGAGAGACAACAGGCAGACUCUUAUCAAGAUUCCACCAAUGGACGACAGUGACUCUGAACCAGACGAUAUCUCUGAAAUUGAGUCAUACCACUCUUAUUCUCCUCAAGAAGAAAGAAGAUCACACCAUUCUGACCUCUCUUCACAUUCCUCCAAUGAAAGACUCAAAGAAAAGCCCAGGGAUGAUCCACCCAGCAGACUGGCUAGAAUGGGAGCAAUGCCCACGCCUUUCAGGUCGACUGGUGAUCUUACAGCUGCUGUGGAUGAUUUAAGCAGAGAGGAGAAACCUAGAGAAGAGAAGCCUAGAGCACAGGAACCCCCAGCUGUGGUAAAUGUUGCUCCGAAAAUAUAUCUCCGUCCUAGCCUUGAAGAUGAAGAGAUAUAUGGUUCUAACACAGUGAUGGUGCAGUUCAGAAAAGGUGACAGUGUGGGUUUGCGCCUGGCCGGUGGGAACGAUGUGGGAAUCUUCAUCGCUGGAGUUCAAGAAGGCAGUCCUGCUGAAGAGGAGGGGCUAAAGACAGGAGAUCAGAUUCUAAAGGUAAAUAAUGUUGACUUCAGAUGUAUGAUUCGAGAAGAAGCUGUGCUCUUUCUACUAGAGAUACCUAAAGGUGAAGAUGUGACCAUAUUGGCUCAAAACAAAUCAGAUGUUUACAAGGACAUAGUUUCCUCUGGCCGGGGUGAUUCGUUCUUUAUUAGGACCCACUUUGAGUUUGAAAAGGAGUCCACACAGAGCCUGUCGUUCACACGAGGAGAGAUCUUUAAAGUGCUCGACUCCCUGUACGAUGGAAAAUUGGGAAACUGGCUGGCAGUGAGAACUGGACGUGACAACAAACUGCUGGACAAAGGCAUUAUUCCAAACAAAAGCAGAGCUGAUCAGAUGGCCAGUGUUCAAAAUGCCCAGAAAGGUGCUGGCAAUGGCAGAGGGGACUUCUGGAGGUCGCGUGGACAGAGGGCAGGCAUGAAGAAGAACUUGAAGAAGAGCCGUGAGGAUCUUACAGCCAUUCCUGUCACCACCAAGUUCCCUGCUUAUGAGAGAGUUGUGUUAAGAGAAGCUGGUUUUAGAAGACCCGUAGUUUUGUUUGGUCCCAUUGCAGAUGCAGCAAAUGAGAAGCUGGGCGCAGACUUACCAGAUGAGUUUGUAGUUGCCACAACUGAACCAAAGGAUGCAGGUUCUGAGAAAUCCUCAGGAGUGGUCCGUCUAAACACUAUCAGACAGAUUAUUGAACAGGAAAGGCACGCAUUGCUGGACGUGACUCCCAAGGCUGUAGAUUUGCUCAACUACACACAGUGGUAUCCGAUUGUGAUUUUAUUCAACCCCGACAGCAAGCAGGGAGUAAAAACCCUGAGACAGAGAGUGUGUCCAGCCUCUUCCAAGAGCUCGCGCAAGCUUUACGAGCAAGCUGUGAAACUCAAGAAAACCUGCUCUCAUCUUUUCACAGCAAUUAUUGAUUUAAAUUCUGCUAAUGAUGGCUGGUAUGGCAGUGUGAAGGAUACAAUAAGAGAGCAGCAGGCUCAGGCAGUCUGGGUAUCUGAAGGAAAGCUUGAAGGGAUUGAGGAAGAUCUGGACCUUCACGAUGACCGCAUGUCCUACCUGUCUGCCAUGGGUGCCGAUUACCUGAGCUGUGACAGCCGCCUGACUAGCGACUAUGAGGACACCGCUGACGAGGGAGGAGCCUACACUGACAAUGAGCUGGAUGAGCUGCCAGAUGAGCCUCCGGUUUCAGCCAUCGGUCGAUCAUCAGAGCCUGUAGUUACAGAUGAGAACUUGAAGAGGCACAGUCCAGAGCCCAGAUCUAAUAUGAGAAGAGCAGCCAGCAGGGAGAUGCUGAGAGAACCCAGUCCCCCUCCGUCAUUCAGACCAGAACCACCAAAGGCAAAAGUCAGAGAAGACGUGCCCAGGCAGCAGUACGAUUCUCACUCCAGCAGCCAGAGCCCUGCCAGCAGUGACCACCCCAGAAGCCAGGACUCCCAAGGAGGGAAGACCCAGCCUCCUCCCGUUGCACUAAAACCUUCCUUCACAAGAGCUGCCAAACCACCACCUCCGAGCAGCCAGCCUCCAGAAGAGGAUGCCCCCGAGGACAGUGUCCAUGAUCCGACAGUGAAGUCUGUGCUGGGAAAGGUGAAAGCCUUUGAGAAGAUGGACCAUAAAGCCAGGGCACAAAGGAUACAAGAACUGCAGGAAGCCCAGAAUGCAAGGCUUGAAAUAGCCCAGAAGCAUCCUGACCUAUAUGCUGUCCCAAUCAAAUUGCAAAACCCAGAUCAGAAUCGACCACAGCCAAUAGGUUCCAGCUCCAGGCCAGAGCCACAGAAACCUCCUAAGCCCCAUGCUGCUGAUGGAACAUACUACCACAGUGAUGAGGAGGAAGAAGAGUACCGCAGACAGCUGGCACACCAGACAAAGCAAGGCUAUUAUGUAAAUCCACAAAAAUAUAGGGACACUGAGCUGUAGAAGGACUAUCCCAGUCUAACUCCAGAAAGUGCAUGUGGACACCAUUCCAAAGAUGCUUCCUGCACAAAAAUACACUCGGAGGCCUCUUGCUUUUAAGUCAUAUCUUUUGCUGUUGCUUCAAAGAAGUGAAAUUAUCUGUCCAAAUGGAUGGGAUCUCAUUUAAUCAGGAAUCACUUGCUACUGUUUUGUUUGUUUUUGUCUAUGCAAAUAUUGUAUUCAAAGCAAGUUAAUGUUGUAGCUUUUUCUUGUUUAAAUAUAAACUGACUAAAUUAUUCCUCUGGUCUAGAGUUUUGUUUAAGUGCCUUUUUCUUUCUGGACAAACAUCAUUAUGUGCACACUGGAGAAUAAAAGUAGUUAAUUCCAUAUAUUAACAAAGUAAGCUGAGAAUUGUAGAAAGUUCUAAAAGAUCACGUAUGUGUUUAUCUGGUAUAUCCUUGGUUGACCAAUGUAUUUUUAUAGCACCUGAAUGAUUUACAUUUGCUUGAUUUUGUAACCUUAUUUACUCUCACAAGUCUGUAUAUAAGUGCUUCAUAUUAAUUCCUGGAUGACCAGUGUUUUUUGUAUAAUACAUCCUGCUUAAAACUAAGACUAAACUGUUUUCAGUACUUUUUAUGUGUGACACUUCACCCAAAAAAAAUGAAUAAAAACAAACCUGAUGCUAUACAUAUGUAUAAA